AUGCGACAUCGUUCCUACGAGAUUAUUGUGGAAUAUUUGCGAGUCUCGCGGAAUCGGCACCAAUUAAGACUGUUGCAGAAUGGACACGUGAAUGAGAACUCGUUCACAGCGGAAGAGAUUCGCUCGAUUGAACGUAUAUUGGACACUGUAAUGGCUCGAUGUGAACAAGAGCACAGACAUCAAGGGUCCGAUAUGCGUCGACAGAGCCUAACUCAACAUAAUCAGGUCCGGUUUGGGGCUGCUCAACAGACGUACGAGGAAAACUUGACAUACGGACGUACGCGAGCAGUCAGUACCCCCAAUUUGUCCUCUACUCCCAGACUCAGAACUGAAGAUGAAAAUGACUUGUCCGAACUGUCUUCAUGGGCUGUGGUAACCAAAUUGGCCUCGUCAGAAGCGGACAAAUACUCGGAAUGCAUUAUUUGCCUGGUCCCAUUCAAGACCGCGGACCGGGUGCUGACACUGCCCUGUUUCCAUCUGUUCCACUUAGACUGUGUAUUGACCUGGCUUAAAAAAGUAAGUUGGACCUUUUUCGGUUCAAACAAAAUCCGAUGUCUCCUACUUGGUUUAUUCAAGGGGUGUUUUCUAAUUUGA